AUGUCAUCGUCACACGAACCCACCACCGACGCCCAGCUGCACGCCUUCAUCGACCGCCAACGCGCGCUCCUCCAGCUCGAGCGUGACGCCGAGAUCGAGCGCUCCUCGCUCCUGCUCACGAACUGCAGCCCGAAGCUGCUCGAGCAGCGCGGCCUUGCGCUCGGCGCGCUCGGCACUGCGAGCGUCGGCGUCGGGCUUGGCGGAAAGACGCUUGUAGAGCUCGAGCGGCCAUCGGCGUGGCAUACGGAUGCGGUGUUUCCGCCGCACUCUUUUCGGCCUGGGGAUAUUGCUCGAAUAGAGGAGAAUGCUGCUGGUUCUGGAGGGAAGAAGGCGCCGAAGGGGAAGAAGACUGGGGCGGGGGGCGGGACGGGUGGAGGCGAGAAGAGUAUGAAGGCGAUCGAGGGCGUUGUGUACAAGGUUACGGAUACGCGAAUCGUCAUUGCUCUCGAUCCAUCCGAAACCUCCUCUGAAGACGCUGAAAUACCAGAAUGCGCCCGUGUAGUGAAGCUGGCUAACAGCGUUACCUACGAUCGGAUGGACAAAACAAUCGACCAGCUCGAGAAGACAGGCCUUCCUUCCACUCGCAAAGCCGACGACAAGUCCUCUUACCCGCUUACAGCCCUCACCCGCGUGCUUCUCGGCAUCUCCCCGCGCUCAGAGCCGUCGUCACCAGCGCGCGUCGAAGAGAUCCAGUUCUACGACCCGUCGCUCAACGCGAGCCAGAAAGAGGCGGUGCGCUUCGCGCUCUCGGCGGGCGAGGUUGCGUGUAUACACGGGCCGCCAGGUACGGGCAAGACCCACACGCUUAUCGAGAUCAUCCGCCAGCUCGCCUCUCCCCCCUCCUCAUCUACAUCUCUGACAUCGACCGGCACGCCCUCGAACCCGAAUCAAGAUCAGGAGAAGAAGCCAAAACGGAUCCUCGUCUGUGGCGCGUCCAAUCUCGCGGUGGACAACAUCCUCGAGCGCUUGCUCGCCCUCCCUGCGCCCACCUCUUCUGCUGCUGCGCCUGCGAAGCUCACAGCGACGCGCAUCGGACACCCGGCGCGUGUAAUGGCGCACGAGGGCGUGUUGGAGGCGACGCUAGAGGUCCGGGCUGGGCGGAGCGAUCAGGCUGCGCUGGCCAAGGACGUCAAAGCGGAGCUGGAAGCCACGCUCGACGUGCUCUCGGGCAAGGGCAAGGGCGGGGCGAAGGCGCGGCCGCGCGGUGCGGAAAGGCGUAAGAUGUGGGACGAGGUCAAGGCGCUCAGGAAGGAGUAUAGGCAGCGCGAGGGGGGCGUGGUUAGGGCUGUGCUUGGGGAGUCACAGAUUGUGCUUGCGACGUGUCACUCGGCGGGGGGAAGGCAGCUGAGGAACCAUUCGUUCGAUGUGGUUAUUAUCGAUGAGGCGACGCAGGCUAUGGAAGCGGUUUGCUGGGUCCCGAUCUUCAAAGCGCAGAAACUUAUUCUAGCUGGCGAUCCCAUGCAACUCCCGCCCACUAUCUUAUCCACUGACAAGUCGAAAGUGUCGAAGAAGGCCAAAGACGGCAAAGUAGCUGAUCGCAAGGCUAAAAGGCGGCCGGGGCUCAGACCACCCCGUUCGCUCGAGACGACCCUGUUUGACAGGCUCGAGAGGAUGUACGGCCCGGGGAUCAAGCGGCUGCUCAAUGUGCAGUACCGCAUGCACGCCCAGAUCUGCGCCUUCCCAUCCGCGACGCUCUACGCCUCGAGGCUCAAGAGCGCAGAGAGCGUGUCCGCGCACCUGCUUUCGGAUCUCCCGGGCACGCGGGCAUGGCAAGCAGCCAGCGACGCGGAGAGUAUCAAGGAGGUGCUGGGCACGCCGAUUGUGUUCUUCGAUACGGCCGGAUGCGAGUUCUACGAGCGGCUCGAAGGCAGCGGGGACAAUGACACCAAGGGCGGCGGCGGCGCGGAGGAGGGGAGCAAGUGUAACGAGAAUGAAGCGGGGGUUGUGAAGCGGUGGGUCGAGAGAUUGGUCGAGGCGGGCGUACUUCCGUCUCAGAUUGCCGUUAUCACUCCAUACCAAGCCCAGGUGACGCUGCUCACUUCGCUCCUGAGGGAGACAUACGGCCCCGAACUCGAAAUUGGGACUGUCGACGGGAUGCAAGGCCGCGAGAAGGAGGCGGUGGUGAUCAGCCUCGUACGGAGCAAUGAGAAGAGAGAAGUAGGGUUCUUGAAGGAAAAGCGGCGGCUGAACGUCGCGAUGACCCGCGCGAAGCGACAUUUGUGCGUCGUCGGCGACUCAGAUACGGUUCAACACGGAGGGCCGUAUCUGAAGAAAUGGCUAACAUGGCUGGAGGCGAAUGCGGACGUUCGGUUCGCUGAACUGGAAUAGCCGUCAGCGGGAGAACAUAUGAACACAUUUACUCAGACCACGCAAUCUGGAACGAAGUUGCAUUUUCGACAAGUGUCUGGUUGAAUGACGGAAGCUCGAUCCUGCUCUUUCGUACUCGAGAAAAUACAGGUAAAAACACAAAUCUGAAAGACGUUCUAGGGCUAUGUAGGUUUUGGGUAGCGAGUGAUGUAUAGUACAGUGAUAUGCAGAAAACAAAUGAGAAGAGACUAUGUGAUAAAUAUCCGUGAUUGCGUUGCGUGAAAGAUGACACAAGAAGGAAGAAAAGACAAAGCGGGCGACGAUCUCUCUCGUACACAAAGGCGACAAACGUCAUCUAAUACUCAUCCACAUCCGAAAGCGACGCAUAAUCCGACAUACUCCCCGUGUCCUCGUACUCCUGUACGACCUCGCGCAUCGCAAACGCCAUAAUCGGCGUGAUCGGCGUCAGCCGCGGCCCAAGCACCUCGGGCUCCUCAUCCUCCUCGUCGAUCUGGUCCAUCGCGCUCUGCGCGCCGGCGCCCAUCGACUGCCCGAACGAGCGCGAAUGUGACACCGUGAGCGGGUUCGGCGGUACCGCGAUCAUCUCGCCGUCCUCGGACACCGUCCCGCCCGACGGCUGGCUCGCGAGCAUCUGUGGCGACAGGGGCGGGGACGUCGGCGAGAUGGGCGAGCCCGGUGCCGAGUCCUGGCCCUGUCCCAGCCUCAGCCCCAGUCCCAUUCCCAGUCCCAUCCCCUGGCUCUGCCCCAGGGCGCCGCCGACGGGCGUAAUCGUCUGCGACGAAUGCAUCCCCGCAGGCUGCAUCGGCACAUGCUGCUGAAUCGUCGGCGCCCUUGUACUCCUCCCGCCCCUGCCCGCCGCCCCGUGUCCCCUCGCGACCGUAUCCGUCCAAUGCAGAUCCAACACCCGCCCUUUAACCAUCCCGUCCACCGCGCGCACCCCGAUCUCGCGGCACAGCAGGAAAUACGGCAGGUGCCCCGUCCCCGGCUCGGACAGCUUCGACAUCACCUUGAGCAGCUGCAUCGCGCUGAACUCGGCCGCCUGCGCCUCGCUCGUCAGCGAUCCGUUCACCAUCGUGUCCGCGUUGUUGCCGUUGUUGUGCGCCGUGGCAUUGGGGUUGCUGAGUGGGCUGUAGAUCUUGAACCCCGCGGGCCCGAGCCCCGGGUGCAGAGCCUCGGGCCCGCUCGAGCGCGGGCGCGCCUGCUGCUGCGUGGUGCUGAUGCGCCGGUCGCGCGCGUCCGAUGAUGCACCAUUAGAUGCUUGUGGGCCGCAUUGCGAGGAAUGGAUGAUGUGUAGGUUGAGG